AUGGCAUCCGCGGGGUCCAACACCAUUAAAGUGGUCGCCCGAUUCCGGCCUCAAAACAAGGUCGAAUUAUCCUCCGGUGGCCAGCCAAUCGUCAAUUUUGAAGGCGAGGAGUCAUGCAAAAUCACGUCCCAGGAAGGCUCGGGCGACUUCACCUUUGAUCGGGUGUUUCCCAUGGAUUCGGCCCAAACCGACAUCUUCGACUUCUCCAUUCGGCCGACGGUUGACGAUAUUUUGAACGGAUACAAUGGAACGGUUUUUGCGUACGGUCAGACCGGUGCAGGAAAAUCAUACACAAUGAUGGGUUCCGAUAUUGAUGAUGACGUGGGCAAGGGUAUCAUUCCACGAAUCGUCGAGCAGAUCUUUGCCAGCAUCCUGACUAGUCCGAGCAACAUCGAGUAUACGGUGCGGGUCAGUUACAUGGAAAUCUACAUGGAACGGAUUCGUGACCUGCUGGUGCCACAAAACGACAACCUUCCGGUUCACGAGGAAAAGAAUCGCGGUGUGUACGUCAAGGGGCUGCUGGAAGUUUACGUGUCGAGCGUGCAGGAGGUCUACGAGGUGAUGCGUCGUGGUGGGAAUGCGCGAGCCGUGGCCGCCACGAACAUGAACCAGGAGUCGUCUCGUUCACACUCAAUCUUCGUCAUCACUGUCAGCCAGAAGAAUGUCGAGACCGGGUCUGCAAAGAGUGGUCAACUGUUCCUGGUCGAUUUGGCUGGUAGUGAAAAGGUCGGCAAAACGGGAGCUAGUGGUCAGACGCUAGAGGAAGCCAAAAAAAUCAACAAGAGUCUGAGUGCUCUCGGGAUGGUUAUCAACGCCCUCACGGACGGAAAAUCGACGCAUGUCCCAUACCGUGACUCGAAACUCACCCGAAUCCUCCAGGAAUCUCUUGGUGGUAACUCUCGCACGACAUUGAUCAUCAAUUGCUCCCCCAGCAGUUAUAACGAUGCUGAGACCGUAUCUACUCUGCGCUUCGGUUCGCGUGCCAAGGCAAUCAAGAACAAGGCGAAGAUCAACGCCGAGCUGAGUCCCGCCGAGUUGAAAAUGCUCUUGCGCAAGGCUCAGACCCAAGUCACCAGCUUCGAGACCUACAUUUCCGCUUUGGAAAGCGAGGUUUCAUCCUGGCGCAGUGGUGAUAGUGUUCCAAAGGACCAAUGGACCCCUGCGCGUGGUAACGAGGUCCUCAGUGCUGCCAAGGUAGAAGCUCGCGCUCCCCGCCCUGGAACCCCCUCUCGCCUUCAAGAAACAGCCCGGGCAGAGACCCCACGCCCGGACUCACGGAUUGGAGAUCGCUCGAGUACACCUAGCCUGGUUUUGGAGAAAGACGAGCGGGAGGAAUUCUUGCGUCGUGAGAACGAACUUCAGGACCAGAUCGCGGAGAGGGAGACCCAUAUCGUCAAUGUCGAACGCAGUCUUCGAGAAGCCCGGGAAGAGCUGAAGUCAAUCAAGGAAAACGCCGGACGAUCCGGAAAGGACAAUGAACGACUCAACACCGAAGUCAACGAACUUCGCAUGCAGCUUGAGAAGGUCUCCUAUGAGGGCAAGGAGGCUGCAAUUACCAUGGAUGGCUUGCGAGAGGCCAAUUCUGAACUGACGGGCGAGUUGGAUGAGGUGAAGCAGCAACUUCUAGAUGUUCGGAUGAAGGCCAAGGAGACCACGGCCGCGAUGGAUGAGAAGGAAAAGAAGAAGGCCGAGAAAAUGGCUAAGAUGAUGGCCGGCUUUGACCUAGGCGACGACGUGUUCUCAACCAACGAACGCAAGCUACAGAGUCUGAUCUCGCAUGUUGACGCCUUGCACGAGGUUAGCGCCGCGGGCGAGACCAUCGCCCCGGACGAUGUUCUUGAGCUCCGUACGAGUCUAUUGGAGACUCAAGGAUUUAUCCGCCAGGCUGAGUUGACGAUGAACGACCGAGGCGAGUUUGGUGAGCUGCAGGACAGCCGCCGAGGAGAGCUAGAGAAGAAGCUGGAGGAGGUUCAAAAGGAAUACGAAGAUCUGCUGUCUCGUAACCUCGCGGAGGGAGACGUGGAGGAGAUUCGGGAGCGGCUUGAGAAAUCCUUUAUCAGCAGAAAGGACACCGAAGCUGCGGCCGUUGAUGAGCUCCGAGCCGAGAUCACUCGUAAGGACGACGAAAUGAGCAAGCUGCGACAAAACCUUGUCGAUACUCAGUCACGGACAUCAGCCAACGGUGCUGCCAGCAAGACGCUUCAGCAGCAGAUCUCCGAAUUCGAUGCCAUGAAGAAGUCACUGAUGCGCGACCUGCAGAACCGUUGUGAGCGGGUUGUCGAGCUUGAGAUUUCCCUGGACGAUGCCCGAGAGCAAUACAAUAAUGUUCUUCGGUCGUCGAACAACCGUGCUCAGCAGAAGAAGAUGGCGUUCCUGGAACGCAAUCUGGAGCAGCUGACGCACGUCCAGCGACAAUUGGUGGAGCAGAACAGCAGCUUGAAGAAGGAAGUUGCCAUUGCGGAGCGUAAGCUGAUUGCACGGAAUGAGCGCAUUGCUAGCCUUGAGGGCUUGCUACAGGAGAGUCAGGAGAAGCUGACUCAAGCCAACCACCGAUUCGAGGCCCAACUCACUGCCGUCAAAGAACGACUGGAGGCUGCCAAACAGGGCUCUACGCGGGGCCUGCCUGCGAUGGAUGGCAGUGGGAGUUUCAGCUUUGGAGGAUCCCGCAUCGCGAAGCCGUUGCGCGGCGGCGGCGGCUCGGAUGGGCCGCCGCCGAAUGCGAACGUCGCGGGGGUGCAAUCGCAAGAGACGAACGGCAAGCGCACGAGCUGGUUCUUUGACCGCAAAUGA